AUCCACAGCCUGACAGAUGCAGCAGCAGACCGACGACAUGGAGGUACCUUUACUUAAUGAUUCUAACAGUAACAGACAGAAGUCUCUGGCUCCAGAGAGAGAGUUCAGCCAUCAGCAGAAGGAUUCGGAGGGGUCCAUGGAGUCCCCGAACCUGGAGUUUGAAUAUGGAGACACGGACAACUUCACCGCAGAGCUCUCAGAGCUGUACAGCUACACAGAGGAACCGGAGUUCAGUCUGAACAGGGAUUACUUUGAGGAAGACUUCAAGAAUCAUGUGAAGGGCCGGAGGUGGAUGGAGUUGAGUCUGGAGGAGCAGAGGGUGUAUGUCAUGAGACUGCUGGACGCUCUGGAGGUCACCGAUCGAGACAAGAGGCUCAAAGUGGCCAGAGCCAUCCUCUAUUUGGCACAAGGUGUGUUUGAUGAGUGCGACACAGAAGCUGAUGUCCUCUACUGGUCCAGACACAACGUCUUCCUCCUCUACGACAUGGGCAUCUUCACAGCUCUGCUGGAGCUCCUCAGCAUGGAGAUAGAUAAUAACCAGGCAUGCAGCAGCGCAGUGAGAAAACCAGCCAUUUCUCUGGCAGACAGCACUGAACUCAGGGUUCUUCUGAGCAUCAUGUAUCUGAUGGUUGAGACCAUUCGAGUGGAAACAGAGGGUGACAGUCCUGAGAGGAAGGCAGCCAGAGAGGCCUUCAAGACAGAGUUGGGUUCACCCCUUUAUAACGGAGAGCCCUUUGCCCUCCUCCUCUUCACCAUGGUAACCAAGUUCUGCAGCAUGAAUGCGCCCCAUUUCCCCAUGAAGAAAGUGCUGCUCUUACUGUGGAAGACCAUACUGUUCACUCUGGGAGGUUUCGAGGAGCUGCAGGAGAUGAAGGUGAGAAUGAGAGAGCAGUUGAACCUGUCGCCGCUCCCUGAGGACAGCAUUAAGGUGGUGCGACAAAUGCGGGCGGCUUCUCCUCCAGCCUCGGCCAUGGAGCUCAUCGAGCAACAGCAACAGCAGAAGAGAGGACGCAGGAGUCGCCGGAGUGCCUUUGUUGAUAGCUUGGAAGGAGACAGUCCAUAUGCCAAGAAACAGCCACUGGUCAAACAGGACAGCCUGGACACUUACAACGAACGGGACCCUUUCAAAAACGAUGACGCGCGGGAUGAGGAAGAUGACCCAGAGGACGUGGACAGUGGCAUUGAGGGAGAGGUCGACCCUCUCGACAGAGACGUUAUUAUCCAACCGCCGCCGCCGCCACCACUGCGGCCACCAACCGAGAGAGUGUCCUUUCCCAGGGGACUGCCAUGGGCUCCCAAAGUCAGAGAGAAAGACAUCGAGCACUUUCUGGAGACCAGCAGAAAUAAAUUUAUCGGAUUCACCUUGGGGAAUGACAUUGACACAUUGGUUGGGUUACCCAGGCCCAUACAUGAGAGUGUGAAGACUUUGAAACAGCACAAGUAUGUCUCCAUAGCGGAGGUCCAGAUCAAGAGAGAGGAGGAGCUGCAGCAGUGUCCCAUGACUAUGGGGGAAGAGGAGGUGGAAGAAACACCUGCAGAGAUUCUCUAUUUGGGAAUGUUGCCUAGUCUCUCUCAGUAUGUAAUUGCUCUAUUGAAGCUGCUUCUGGCUGCAGCACCAACCUCCAAAGCAAAGACAGACUCCAUCAACAUCCUAGCUGAUGUUCUGCCGGAGGAGAUGCCAAUCACCGUCCUCCAGAGCAUGAAGCUGGGCAUUGAUGUGAACAGACACAAGGAGAUUAUCGUCAAAGCGAUUUCAGCUCUCCUGCUACUGCUGCUCAAACACUUCAAACUCAACCACAUAUACCAGUUUGAAUAUGUGGCUCAGCACCUGGUGUUUGCCAAUUGCAUCCCGCUCAUCCUCAAAUUCUUCAACCAGAACAUCAUGUCUUACAUCAGUGCCAAAAACAGCAUUUGUGCCCUGGAUUUCCCUCAUUGUGUGGUUCAUGAAAUGCCUGAACUCACAGCUGAAAGCCUGGAAGCUGGUGACAGUAAUCAGUUUUGCUGGCGUAAUCUCUUCUCCUGCAUCAACCUACUGAGGAUCCUAAACAAAAUUACCAAGUGGAAACACUCAAGAACUAUGAUGCUUGUGGUGUUCAAGUCUGCUCCUAUCCUCAAGAGGGCGCUCAAGGUUAAACAAGCCAUGAUGCAGCUCUACGUCCUCAAACUUCUUAAGAUACAAACCAAGUAUCUGGGCCGCCAAUGGAGAAAGAGUAACAUGAAAACCAUGUCUGCCAUCUACCAGAAAGUCAGACAUCGGCUCAAUGAUGACUGGGCGUAUGGAAAUGAUAUUGACGCUCGGCCGUGGGAUUUCCAGGCGGAGGAGUGUGCACUACGUGAGUGCAUCGAGAAAUUCAACACACGCCGUUACGAUAAGAAUCAGAACAGUGAUUUUACACCAGUAGACAACUGCCUCCAAAGCGUUUUAGGACAGCGUGUCGACCUGCCCGAAGACUUCCAUUACAGCUACGAGAUGUGGCUUGAAAGAGAGGUUUUCUCCCAACCUAUUCAGUGGGAAGGUCUGCUGCAAGCCCAGUGAUCCCGCUGUGAUUAUUACGGGACUUUUGCUUCUUAUUAAACUGACACAAUUACUGUGGGAUCACGCAGAUACUCAGCACUGAGGGUCUGACGUUUCUGUUCUGUAAUGAAUUCUUGUAAAUAGAGAUAUAUAUGUGUGUAAAUAUGGAAUGCGGUCUUCCUUAUUCUGUGUAAAAGCAUUUGAUGCUUUGGGUAUAAACACAAAUAUAUCUGUGUAUGUAUUGCAAGAAUGAUAUCUUCUCUAAUACCUGAAGCACACUUUAUGUAUAAUAACAGUAUUCUGACAUAUGUAGUAUUCUGAAAUGAUCAAGAUUUAUUUAUAUGGUCACUCACUAUGUCUAACUGUGAAAAUUUUUAAUAUUUAUGUAAAUAUGAACACUUCAUGAGGUUGUGAGGUACAACCUGAGGCAGGGUCUCUCUUAAAAAGUGGCAGUGUGGAGUUGAUGUGUUUAAAAUUAAUUAAUUAUUAUUAUUUUUUUCCUGUAGCAUGUUCUCAAGAAAGCAGUGAGUCACCACUUUUUGUCCCCAUGUAGCACUGCACAUCACACAAAAGACCCCUGAGCAGCACAAUACACAUAUUCAAAGUGUCCUUGGUGACUGCACCGUCACCCACACUAAGCAUGACGCUCACUAAAUGGUGCUGGUUUUUAACACUUCGUUUCAUCUCCUGGUUACAUGCGUCAUUCUCUUCUGAGAUUAGCACUGUAUGAAACGUAUGUGCUCUCUCCAUCAAAACAGUGUCACAGACAGCACCUCACUGUUUAUUCAUGUUUGUUUUACAGGGUUUAUCUUGCAAUAUCAUUUCUUAUUUUUUAUAUUCUCAUUGUUUUGUAUUAAACUAAGGUGCUGUGUAAAUGAAACUACCUAUGAUGAUCCAUGCCAAAUACAGCACCAUCACAUUUUUUAUAUGUACACUGAUUUGUUGUACUUGUACAGACUGCACUGUAAGUGAAUGCGGAAAAUUGACGUAAGAGUCUUUAAUAAAUUAUAAAGAGAAUUAAAUAACCAUAA